AUGGAAUCGGACGAUAAACGCAUCUCCCCUGAGCAAAGCAUCAUCGGUGAAAUCGAAGUGCACACCAGUAGCGUGAGCAACGAUGUUAAAAUACUGGAUUCUAAAAAAGAUUCUCAGGAAUCAAGUUUCUCCAAGGAAGAAUUUAAUCUAGUGGAGUUUCCGUCCACGGCGAACGGAACCGUGGAGGCAUACCCCAGUUUAAACAAUCGAGAUUUGAAAAAUUUUAUUUUACUCGUCGUCCUCUACUUGUUACAGGGGAUUCCAGUUGGUUUGGCAUUUGGCUCCAUCCCUUUCCUUCUUAAAUCAAAAUUAUCCUAUUCGCAAAUCGGAUUCUUUUCCUUGGCAACCUAUCCUUAUUCCCUCAAAUUAUUGUGGUCUCCAGUUGUUGAUGCCACUUAUUCGAAAAAAUUUGGUCGUAGAAAAAGUUGGAUAAUACCGAUUCAACUAUUGACCGGUAGCGUAUUCUUUUGGCUCGGAAAACACGUUGAUCAAAUGUUCGAUGAGGACACGCCAAACGUCUAUGCCUUGACGGAUGUUCCGAGCGAAAAAGGUCUUUUGGAACUUGGAAGCUACCUUACUUUCUGGGCCUUGGUCUACUUUGCGGUGACAUUAUGGUUGUUACUAGCUAAGAGCGAGGAUUCACCGCAGGCUGAAGAUCACAUGGAUAUUAAAACCGUCUAUCAAACAAUUUGGGGCAUUUGCAAAAUGCCACAUAUGCGCAAGCUCAUUACCGUGUUGCUCGUGGCAAAAAUAGGCUUUAUUGCGAACGAAGCAGUCACCGGACUUAAGCUCCUAGAAAAGGGCUUUAGUAAGGAGGAUUUGGCCUUGGCCGUGCUGAUUGAUUUUCCUAUCCAGAUCGUUGUCGGUUAUUACGCUGCAAAGUGGAGAUAUUGUUCUAUUGUAUUGAUAGAAUUUAAUGCAGAUACGGCUUUGUUACGAACCAGCACUGUUCAAUUCGUUAGUAUCUCUGCGUUCAUGACCAUAAUUGCCGAUCCCGUAAUUGGCGGAACCUACAUGACUCUCCUGGCGACCUUUAGUAAUUUUGGCGGAACCUGGCCCCGCUUUUUCGUUUUGGAGGCGGUCGAUUAUUUUACCGACGCCACAUGUCAUAAUCAGGAUGCUCCAUUUCCCUGUGUCUCCGAACAGGACAAGGCCUUAUGCGACGAUUUUGGUGGUACAUGCGUGGUCGAUCAAGACGGCUACUACAUCACCUCCGUUGCAUGUGUGACCAUUGGCACCCUGCUGCUACUCGGAUUUAUUUUACCUCAGAUCAAAAAGUUACAAG